UAUCUGGCUGUCAUUUUUUGCAUGGUAAAGAGGAAGGAAAUGUUUUCUUCAGUGGUGCUGGCGUUAAACUGAAAAUCUAAAAAUUGAAUUUGCAGAGUAAUCAAAAAAAUAAUACAGCAACAAAAUAUUUGGUUAGAUUUCCAAAGUUAUUGUUGUGUAUACCAAAUUUUGAAAAAUGCUUGGCAGGUCGGGUUCCGUUGCCCGAACCCAAAAUGCAUCAAGCAUAUCUCGGUCAUCCGGCAGUAGUGCUACGGCCGCCAUUAUGCCAAGUGCUCCGGUGAAAAAUUACCAAACUACUGAUGAUGGAAUCGGUGGUGCACUAGUUGAAGGCGAGUGGAGUUCUUUGAACCCAAGUUUGUACCAAAACAUGUCCAAUGACCAGGUAGACUGGGCUGCAUUGGCUCAGCAAUGGAUUCAAAUGAAAGAGACACUUCCGGCUAGUAUGGUUCCAGCAGCUCCACCUCCUCCUAUUAUUUCCAGUAGUUAUGUAUCGAACACCAGAGAAUCAUUCUCUGAUUGUAUGCAUUCUGGAACGAUUGAAGAACAGGGCGAAGCACCCAUGGAAGUGGAGCGCGACGAAGAAAAUUUGUCUGCUGUUGCCCAACAUCAAAGCCAGAUUUGGGACAACAGUGCAUCUAAUUGGCAGUAUUCCACUGGUAGUGAAUGGCGGAAUCCCACAUGGCAAACCAAUUGGUCUGAAGAGCUACCAUCAGUAAAUGAUGCGGCAGGAAAGUCGAGUUUCGACACCGUCACUGUUAACCCAAGUGCUUCUAUUGCCGUUGCUAAUUGGCAGGCAAAAAUGGCAAGAAUUUACAAAAUUGGAGAAAGCAAUAAUUCAGAUGAGAUAGCGAGUCCAACCCAACCGAUGGGGAAUCAACGCGUACAUCAACAACACCCACUUCCACCACAGCAGAGUAUUGCCGCGAAGCGAAUUCCUGGGUUAAUGGAUCAGGUAAUAAAGCUCGACCAGAGUCAAGCUGAUCAGGAAGAUAGUGCAGAGGUUGCACAGGGGCUUAACGAUGCCAAACGUAAAUUGCUCCCGGCUUGGAUUCGUGAGGGUCUAGAAAAGAUGGAACGAGAAAAGCAGCGCCAAGAGGAGAAAGAAAAGGAACAACGGCUUCGCGAGGAAAUGCUCGAACAACGGAGACAGGCUGAGUUGGAAGCGUUGACUGAGCUGGAGAAUGCAAGAAAGAGAAGCAAAUUUGAUUCGGAUUCCGAAGAGGAAGAGUCCGAGAAUGUAGACAAACAUGAGGAAAAUCAGAACAAUGAGAGCAGUCCACUACUACACCGGUCACGUGAAGAAGUGCUUCAAGAAUUGAUGGUCGCUGUUCGUAGGAACUUAACCGAAAUUCUACUUGAGGUUACGAAUGAAGAGAUAGCUUCGAUAGCCAAAGAAACUGUUGCAAAAACUCGUCGAAAAGCACCAACAGCUCAAGCUCUUCGUAAGACCGGCCUCGCGUCGCUCACUGGGGGACUCGGUCUCGGUAUUUAUGGUGACAGUGAUGAGGACGAUGAGAGUGGAUCUGACCAAGAACGCAAUGAGUUCAAUGGAAGUGAUGAUGAUGAUGAGGAGACGGACCGAAAUCUGAGGAAUAUUAUCAAACAACGCCAGAAGGAGUUCGAAAGGACAGCUCGCGAGAUCGAGGAACAGUUGGCUCAGGAUGAAGCACGUGAGGAACGUCGACGACGUGAAUACGAGCAAGCUACGAGUAAACAGGAACCGCAACAGGUCGUACAUAGCGACGAAGAGGACAAUGCAACAGUUGGGGGCAGUCGCGCGGGUCUAGGUCAUUCGCAACCCCUAUCGCAGUCGGCAUCGGGCCCCGCUACCGGUAAGGUACACGGGGGGAAAUUUGGACCAAGAGAUGGUGAGACCCAGCCAGUUAAUGAUAAAUUAUAUGCCUACAAACUGGGUCGAUCACGUGACAAGCGGAUUUCCCGAUUCAGUGACCCUAAGGAUACGGUUCGACAGACUCAUAUAACUCACGUUGCUAUUGUUAACCAUAAACCGGGUGAAGUCAUAGCUACGAUGCCUGCGGCCAAGGCAACUGCACCAGUUCAGUCAGCGAAUGUUAGCGGAACGACGCCCUCGGUGGCCAGUACAACAGCAGUUCCAUUAUUUCCUGCUGCAAUAGCUGCAGCAAUGCAUUUAGAACAAUAUCGUCGUGAAAACAGUGUUACUUCCGAAACUCCGUCAAACGCAUCAGGUAGUCGAGCUUCUUCAUCACACCGAAGUGUUCGAGAUGGCAGUAGUAGCAAAUCGACGCAUAAGUCUCACAAAAGCAAGAAGCACAAGCGAUCGCGCUACAGUCGGAGUGAUGACGAAGAAGACUACUAUGAUAAUGGCGACUACGAAGAUGAUCGAUUCUCACAGCACUCACGUCGAUCGCAUAGUUCCGAACGUAGCGGGCAUUCGCGUCGUCGAAGGUCUUAUUCCCGAGACUCUCGUGACGACGGACGAAACCGGAAAUAUUCGUACAGAUCACGAGACCGCUCUCGAUCACGUGAUCGGUAUCGAUCUUCCAGGCGAUCACGAAGCCGUUCUCGGUCAUCUUCAAGACGAAGACACUAAAAAAUAUGCUCUACGAUUCUAAUGGUAACCAAUCGCAGAAAAUGAGUAGUAAUUUUGUGCGUUACUGCUGGUAGCUAUGAAAAAUUUUUGGUUAUAAUUUUCUUUUGUUUAAUCUGCAGUUAUAUACCGUGUAAACUAGCGAAGUUUGCAGUUGUACAAGUUGCACUCACUUAAUUAAGCAGAUUAGCGUACUUGUUCUAUUCUAACAAACAUGUGCUUUAAACGGUUCUUUGUACGUUCGUAGAUGUUCUGGAAAGUUGGAAGUACAGCAAGUAUGGUGUAUAAGGAAACAAACAAACAACUUUCAUAGAGUAACGGGAAUGAGAAAACAGUGUAUAAAUAAAACAAAUCUUCAAUAGCAGUGCAGCACAGAAUGGCAUACAAUGUGUUAAAAACUAGAGUUCGGAGAAGAAAAGUAAUUUCAAAAAAUAAGCAAUUCACACAUGGGACGCAUGACAGAUCGAAUCACUAGUCAAAGCACAUUUUCAACUUCAAAAAGAUGAACUAAUGUUCAUAGAUUAAAUUGAAUGAGUAUUUGUUCAGUAAGUUGGAAGUGAUAAUUUGAUUUUGAUUAUUGAUUUGAUAAACCUGAAUCGCGAACGCUCUUAUUGCACCACAUACAUCUUAAUCGAAUCAAUGAAUACAGUACUUUUCUCGA